AAACACCGAUUCAUUCGAUCCGAUCCGAUCCAUUUUUAUAUCCGGUGAUGAAGACACGCGCGUUUAUCGCGAAUUGGCAUGCGAAUUUCGAAAUCGCGGCGGAACGAUUGAAAACGAGAAUGGCGAGUGAUCCGAGUUCAAGGACGCUCGACGGUCGGGAAAAGUGUCCUCGAGGACGACGAUGGUGGAGCAGCACAGGGGGCAGAACCGACUGAGGAGGGAUUGGCGUUGAAAGGGGAUCGUGCUCGACGACACCGAUGGCCCCAUCGUACAUCGAGGCAUCGAGGAAGGAAACGGGACCAGGUGGAGGAGAGAGAGAGAGAGAGCUAGAGAAAGAGAGAGAGAAAGAGAAAGAGAGAGAGAGAGAGGGGUGCGAAAGCUCGGGCAGAGGAUCAAGAAAAGACGAAGAAGGGGAGGAGGAGAAGGAGGAGGAGGAGGAGGCGGUGGAACAGAGCGACGAAGUAGCUGGCCAGAAAUAACUAAUAAGACAUUCACUCUAAGACGGGCGGCCAACCGGCCCGGACGAACGCGCUGUCAAAGCGCCGGAUAUUGGUGAACGAACGAGUGGGUACCGCUUGGGGCCCCCAUAGCGAGGGCCCCCAACCGGAACAGGCCGCCGAAAGGCGGUCCAUCUAUCAUCAGGCAUGGAGCAGUUCGAACAACUGCUAACGUGCGCGAUAUGCCUGGACCGGUACAGGAACCCCAAGUUAUUGCCAUGUCAGCACAGCUUCUGCAUGGAACCGUGUAUGGAUGGCCUCGUUGACUACGUGCGUCGACAGGUGAAAUGCCCGGAAUGCCGUGCGGAGCAUCGUAUACCCUACCAGGGUGUUCAAGCGUUCCCGACCAACGUUACCCUGCAACGAUUCCUGGAGCUGCACAUCGAGAUCACAGGAGAGUUGCCGGACCCGACCAGCGGCCAAACGAUGGAACGUUGCGGCGUUUGCUCCGAGAAAAGCUACUGCAGCCUCUGCGUCCACUGCGAGAAAAAAUGUUGCCCCGAGUGCAAGGACGCUCACAUGGACAUCCUGAGGCGUGAAAUAACGCGCAUCAAUUCCCAGAUUCGCAGGGGGCUGCACAGGUUGCAAGACGCGCUCACCCUGGUGGAGAAAAACACAUUGGGUCUACAAACAAACUGCGCCUCGGUCACGGAAGAGGUGGACGAGAUUUAUCGGAGGCUGAGCAAGGCUUUGAAAGACCGUACGGAACAUCUGCGUAACGAGGUCGAUCGAUACCUGAGCACCGAGCUCAGAGGCUUGAUUCAACUCAAAGAGAAUCUCGAAUUGGAAAUCGCGAAUAUUCAAAGUAACUGCGAUUUGGCGGAGGCUCACAUCAACGAGAACGUGCCCUGGGACGACUCGGAACUCCUCGAUACAAAAGAACUCUUCCUGCGUACGGUGGAAUUCAUCAGGAACUUCGAGUACGAAGCCGGGGAUUACAGUCGGCGGGUGCGUUUCGUGAUGGCACACGAUCCGAAUCAGCUGGUCCUACACGUAGCCGGUUACGGUGAAUUGAAUAUCAAGCCGGAGGCCGGAAGUGGAGGAUUGCUGGGUAGUUCGAGCAGUCUGGCACCUCCGGGGGGAUCACCGGGUCUGAUGAGAAGCAAAAGCGACCAUCGUUUGGCCUCGCAAUACAGGCAGCAAGAGGAGGAGCGGCUGUCGAGAAAUCGAUACGUCCCCGAAUACGAGUACGACGCGCCGGAAUACGAGGUACCGAGGAACAAAUCGAGGUACAGAAGUCGAUUCAUGCGGCAUCGGGAUGGCGACGACUCCGAUGGCGAUUCGAGGUCUACCGUACGAUUCACAUCUACCCCCCAGGAAUCGUCGGGACUUCGCGAACGUGUUCUGGACACGGAGGACGCGGCACGUGGCCCGCUUUCCGGUAUUUUUCGACUCACCGACUCCCCCCGUGUGAUGAGAAAGCUUCAAGAAUACGAGAGGGCCGGGAAAAGGAAGAAGGAGGAACCACCGCCCCAUCCUGUUCAACAACCUCAACCGCCUAAGCCUCAGGUGCAAGUGAGAAAAAUGCCGACAGCAAUGGCGAGGCAAACCAGCGAGGACGACGAGAUUUCUAGAAUUAAAAAGCAGAAUAAAACGGCGGCCACGACCGAAACAGUGGAAGAACGACAACCGGUACCGACGUCUACGCCCGCACACCCACCCCCGAGGGAAGCACCCCCCGAACGAGAGCCCGAAGAACCUGCACGAAGACCGAUGCCUGCCAGGAGAACAUCGACGGAUACCCACGCCCCCGCAACGAGAAGCGCUUCAUCAGACUCGAGCACGGGGUCGGAGAGCUCGGCUGGGUCCGGAAUCCGCAGCACGGGUGCGCCGUUCACCGCCGAGGAAAUGAAGCAGAAAUACUUGUCGAGGGCACCGGCGUCGAGCGCAGCAUCCACCGUCUCGUCGCCGCAUAGCGGCACACCCCCGACUCCCAAAGACACCGCCAGCCCCACCUCGCGCUCCUUUCAGAGUCGUUUUUUAGCUACAGGUGAAGAAUCAGCGCCCCCACCACCUACCCAACCCCCUGCGGUACGAGAGGAGAGCGGCAUAAAGACGAAGAAGGAAGAAGAGGAGGACGAGGACGAGGAAACUAGCAGCUCCUCGGAGGAGACGGAAUCCGAGACCGAGGAGGAAUCGGAAACCGAUGCUCAUCCCUCGGGCACGGGUACCUCGACGACACCACCCUCGACCGCGACGCAGGACCACCGUCAAAGGAACGAUUCCGCGAUGGCGAGGACGGACAUCGNCCCCCUUCUGGCUCGAAGCGCGGAGGCCAGACGAGGCAGCAAGGAGGACUCGCCAACGACCAGGUAUUCGUCGCCGAGAGGGAGUCCCGCGCAUUCGGUGACGGGGCCGGUGACAGCGACGACGACGACGAUGACGACAGCAACGAGCGGCGCCGCGAGCUUGACAACGCCGGCCGGCUACACCAGCAGGUUCCUGAACAAGAGCAGAAGCCAGGCGGCGAUGAUGGCCAGCAGGGAGCGGGAACGGGAGCGGGAGCGCGAAAGAGAACGAGAACGCGAACGAGAACGAGAACGCGAAAGAGAAAGGGAACGGGAGAGAGAACGGGAUCGAGACGUGGACGCGGAGGUCGAUUCGCCCCUGUCGACGAGGUCACGGUACGCCGCGUUGAAGGAAAGAAGGCAACGGCUGGCUCGGUCCAGAAGCUCGCACAAUUUCGGCGGAGAUGACCUCGACCUGGACGAGGAGCCACCCUCUCCGACCACCCAGUCGCCGAACGCUUACUUGGCAGCCAAGUACGGUGCCGGGUCCGAACUGGCCAGGAGUCGGAGCACCCACGCUUUAAAAUCGAGGGAGCCGAGCCCGGAGCGAGACAGAGUGGGCACCGAGAAGGAUGGCGCUGCAUUAAGUUCGUGGGCACGGUACUUGAAGAACAAGUACGGGAAUCGCACGACCAAAGAUAAAGAGCCUUCGUCCUCUGCCUCGACGAUUCCAUCAUCGAGCACCUCGAGGAGGUUGUCGCUCGGCUUACCUUUGAGGCACGGUGGUNAAACGUCCUUCGAAUCUUCUGACGACGAUCAAAAAAACCCGUCAGGCUCCCCCACGUCCCCUACGGCAGCUCCCGUUAUACCCGCGGCAGCAGGUUCCUCCACUAGCAAUGGGCGGAGGAGUCACUACUUGCUGAAGCGGCGGCAGCUGUUCAAGUUCGGGAUGCGGGGGAGCGAACCCGGAUGCUUUACUUGGCCCAGAGGUCUCGCGGUUGGCCCUGACAACUCCAUCGUAGUGGCCGACAGCUCUAACCAUCGUGUACAAGUGUUCGACUGUAAUGGGAACUUUACGAAGGAGUUCGGAUCGUACGGCAGCGGCGAGGGUGAAUUCGAUUGCCUCGCUGGGGUAGCGGUGAACAGGAUCGGUCAAUACAUCAUCGCGGAUCGUUACAACCACAGAAUUCAGGUUCUCGAUCCUUCCGGUCGUUUUCUGAGAGCGUUUGGCUCCCAAGGUACCGCCGACGGUCGGUUUAAUUAUCCUUGGGGAAUCACCACCGAUGCUCUUGGAUUUAUUUAUGUGUGCGAUAAAGAGAACCAUCGCGUACAGGUAUUUCAAUCGGACGGUACGUUCGUGGGCAAAUUCGGUUCCUGCGGAAGCGGACGUGGCCAAUUGGAACAUCCUCAUUACAUCGCGGUGAGCAACACGAAUCGCGUGAUCGUGAGCGACGGGAACAACCAUCGUAUCCAGAUAUUCGACGUGAACGGUCGUGUGCUGACCUCGUUCGGAUCGGAGGGCUCCGACGAGGGUCAGUUCAAGUUUCCAAGGGGUGUCGCUGUCGACGACCAGGGUUACAUCGUCGUCGCCGACUCGGGCAACAACAGGAUACAAAUAUUCAGCCCUGAGGGGGCGUUCCUCAAGUCCUUUGGCGGAUGGGGUAGCGGUGACGGUGAAUUCAAGGGUCUGGAGGGUGUUGCCGUCACAUCGACCGGUAACAUCGUCGUCUGCGAUCGCGAGAAUCAUCGCGUUCAAGUGUUCUGACUUCGUUUUCUCGUUUUCGUUUUCGCGUCUUCUCUUGCGAUUCACGGCAUUGUCGAGCGACAAUCGAUCGAUCAAGGAUCGAUUUCGUUUCGAAGAUCGAUCAUGGUCGAGGGAUCAGGCAAGUAUUUUCCCCGAAAAUACCUUUUGGGUGGAAAGGCGCGCUUCGACGAUGAACGGAUGAGACGUCACGUUAACCGCUUGCUUGCGUUAGGAAUUUAAUAAACGUAGCCUGUUUUUUCGCUAAGCUAAUCUUCUUACGGGGAAGCCGUUCGAUAUACCAUCGGUGAUCAUAAAUAAUUAACUUCGAUUUCUUUUCUCUCCCAGGGAAUAUAUAUUUGAAUCGAUUGGCAACAAUUCUCCAAUUUUAUUCCGAUGUAUGAUAAUAAUUUACCUCGUUAAUAUGUCGGGACGGAAAAUCAAUACUGGAACCGAGUAAAAACUCUCUCGGACGUCGGUUGGAUUUUAGCUUAAAGAGAAAAAAAACGGGAUAAAAAAAAAGAAAAAAAAGGAA